AUGGCUUCUCUAUCGAGCAUAUUACCUGCGCCGGUUCAACGAUUUGACAGAGAUGAUGAUGAAAGACACUUCAGAUCUCAGAUGCAGGUGGCGCCUAUCACAAGCAGCUACUCAGCCCCACCUUAUGGUCACAGAAGAGGAUGGGUCCCAAGAUCCCAGGAGGAUUUUGGGGAUGGGGGUGCCUUUCCAGAGGUUCACAUUGCCCAGUACCCGUUGGGCAUGGGCAAGAAACAGACCACAUCCAAUGCCUUAGCUGUUCAGCUGGAUGCCGAGGGAAAGAUCAAAUAUGAUGCUAUUGUUCGCCAGGGUCACGGAAAAGACAAAAUUAUUCAUUCUCGGCCGCAAGAUCUGCUUCCUAAACCAAUUGAAGAUGAUGACCCAUCAUUACAAAAGCCUGACGAGACAGUCAUUGAGGAAAACACAGAGAAAACACGCCAGGCUUUAGAAAAACUAAUCACUAACAAAAUUAGUGCAGCCAUGCCAGUUAGGCUUGCAGAAAAACAGGCGCCGGCUCAAUAUAUUAGGUACACGCCUUCUCAGCAAGGAGUAGCAUUUAACUCAGGAGCUAAACAAAGAAUUAUCCGCAUGGUGGAGGCACAAAAAGACCCCAUGGAGCCACCAAGAUUCAAAGUCAACAAGAAAAUUCCCAGGGGACCCCCCUCACCGCCAGCCCCAGUCAUGCAUUCACCAAACAGAAAGGUUUCAGUGAAAGAACAGCAGGACUGGAAGAUUCCCCCAUGCAUUUCCAACUGGAAAAACAACAGAGGUUACACUAUUCCUUUGGACAAGCGUCUGGCUGCUGAUGGAAGAGGUCUACAGGGUGUUCAUAUUAACGAAAACUUUGCUAAACUUGCUGAAGCCUUGUACAUAGCUGAUAGAAAGGCUCGUGAAGCUGUAGAGAUGCGUGUGACACUGGAAAAGAAUAAACUGAAGACAAUCAAGGAGAAGAAGGAGCAGGAACUCAGACACAUGGCCCAGAAAGCUAGGGAAGAAAGGGCUGGCAUUCGCAGGGAAGACGUUGUGGCAGAAGCAGAUGAUUCUGUUCAAGAACGUGAUGAGAUCAGAAAAGACAGAGCCAAGGAGAGACAGAGGGAUAGAAACAUAGCCAGAGCUGCACCUGACAAGAGGAAUCGACUUCAGAAGGACAAGGAACGGGACAUCAGUGAGGCCAUUGCUCUUGGCUUGCCCAACACAAAUGCAGCAAACAGAGAAACUCAGUUUGAUCAGCGUCUCUUCAAUCAGUCACAGGGCCUGAGCAGCGGGUUUGGUGACGAUGAGGCCUACAAUGUUUAUGAUAAACCCUGGCGUGAGGCAGGCUCCAUCUCCAAGUCAAUCUAUCGCCCGUCAAAGGCUCUAGACAACGAGCUGGACACUGAUGAUCUGGAAGCUUUAAUGAAACAGAAGCGGUUUGUUCCAGACAAAGGCUUCGAAGGAACAGAUAGAAACAGGCGGCGAGAAGGGCCCGUUCAGUUUGCCAGAGAUGUGGAGGAUGAUCCUUUUAAUUUGGACAGUUUCAUCUCUGAUGCCAAAAGGGGACAGAAGCGGUCAGUGGAUGACGCCAGAUCAUCCCGUGACUACGAUAGUAAAGAUAGCGGCAAGAAGCGAAGAGAAUAA